CAGCCACUGAUUGGCUGAGGACGGCGGGGCAGUUGAAGCCGGCUUUGAGGUUUUGUGCUGGGCUGAGGGGGUGAAGCCUUUGGACCAACGGUCAGGGCGGCUCGCGAUGUUGACGGCCGCAGUUUGGAGCACCGCGCUGGCGCUCGCCUUCUCCGCGCUGCUCGGCUCGGCCUCCGCUACCGAGCUGCACUACGUGACCUGCGGCUCCGUGGUCAAGUUGCUCAACAACCGGCACAACGUCCGCCUGCACUCGCACGAUGUAAAGUAUGGGUCGGGAAGUGGUCAGCAGUCUGUCACUGGGGUGGAUGCUUCUGAUGACAGCAACAGCUACUGGACAGUGAGAGCCAAACCAGGCCAAGUUUGUCAACGAGGAAUGCCAAUAAAAUGUGGCCAGUCAAUACGGCUGACGCAUGUCAAUACUGGAAGAAACCUGCACAGUCACCAUUUUGUGUCACCACUUUCUGGAAACCAGGAAGUAAGUGCUUUCGGUGAGAAUGGAGAAGGAGAUGACUUGGAUGUUUGGAUAGUGCAAUGCAGCGGAACGAGUUGGGAGCGAGAUGACGAAGUACGCUUCAAGCAUGCAGGCACCCAAGUCUUUCUAACAAUAACAGGAGAGCAGUAUGGCCAUCCAAUCCGAGGUCAGCUUGAGGUUCAUGGCACAUUCAGUCCCAGCGCCAACAACUACUGGACAGUAAUGGAAGGUGUCUUUAUCAAACCUAGUGCUGAACCAUUAAAACACGAUGAGCUAUAGCUUUAGUCAAAUAAAAUGGUUUGCGGGGAGUGAAGGAGGCCAGUAAGAAAUAUUGUUUGACAAGUUAUUUCAUGUCAUCUUGAGUCAUAGUUUAUAAAGAAAAAACAAAAUUGUAUUUUAUUUUCUAUACUUGUUUAAAUUUCUAAAGAAACAGGGAUGUAUUUAAAACAAAGUUGUGUGCAGGUGGUCAAUUUUGUUGCUUUAAUUUUCUGUUGUUGGGGAAAGAGUCAAACUUGGAAAAAUCAGGUAUUCGAAAUAUAGUUUAAAGUCAUUUGCAUCUGAAUGGUUUAAUAACUCCAAAUGUUGCAAACACAAUUUCCUUUUUAUCUGUUACUUUCCUAUCCCUUCUUUUUGCUUUUAUAAAAAUAUUAUGUUCUGCUGCAAUCCAUCAUUUUCUGAGCGGAGAAUGUAAUUCACUUGCAGAAGAUCAGCCAUAACUGGCGCUGUCCAUUCCAUCUGCUAACAACUCUUCAUGCUGUCGCAGACUAAAUUCUACACAGUAUGUUCGACUGCGCUGGGUAUCAAUAUCAGUAAAAGUGCAUUAAUUCAAGAGGGGAGAGUUGGAAGUUGUCAAUAUGUUUAUUAAAUCACCCUUUCUUCUAAGCAGUGGCCCCAGAUGAAGGCAGUUUCUUUUUCAUUUUGUCCAACAUUUUCAUUGCUACUUCUUUAGAUUUAGCAUUCAACGCAAGCACACUCCGUAGAGUACAGAAACAUCCUAUUCAGCACAGAAGAUCUCUACCAAUGUUCAUGGAACACAUACUUAAUCAUUUCCUUUGCUACAUUUUAUGUUUUUUUCCUGUUAAAUGUAUCUGUGCUAUUUACCUCCAAGUUUAGGUUUGGAAUUUAUGUCCAAAAUGUGGUCUUAUAAACAACGUGGUCAAUAUAUUGCUAGACUAGUCUAUUACAAGUGACAGUGUUUCACAAAUGAUUUUAAUGAUUUGUUGAGGAGGUUCAAAUUGAUUUGAUCCAUUUUUGUUGAGCCACUGACUAAGACUUAAAAUAAAUGUUUGCCUACUAUUCCUGAUUUGAGUUUUUUCAAAGCUGCUUUACCUCCCAUGUACAGUUCCUUCAGCUGGCUAGAAAUAUUCAGUACUAUGCCCCUAUGGUACAUAAUCCACAGUCUGACUGAAAGUGCAAACGGACAAUAUUUCUAAUAAGUAAAUAAAUGUGCUUAGCUAAUUUAUUUAGUGUUAAAUACAUCAUUUGAUGCAGCAUAAAGUUCAAGUUAGGAAUUUUGUCAAACACACUGAAUGAUCUCUUUGAGGCAAUGAUUGUGAUGAUACAAUUGCCAUCAGUGAUAAUGUCAGAUUUUCCUCUUCAGGCCAAUGUUCGAUUGCUGUCUCGUGAUUCUUCCAAGAAAAUUAUAUAUUUGAUGAAUGUCAGCGUUAGUACCUUCCAUAGUCAAAUAUUCCGAGCCAAUUCAGGGUCAUGUGUCAAAUAACCAUUUGAUUGAGAUAUUGAGGGGGCAUGUGCAUCUGUGGAAUGGUUUCUUAACAUGACACCAUCUCUCAGAAAGUAAUUCAAAAAGCUGACUUUGCAGCUUGAAAUUAAAUAUUAAUAUAAAUACUGAAACAUAUCCUGUUGCCCAGGCUCAAAAUCUGUGUGUGGUUUUAAAUAAAUUGAGGUGUGAAUGGCA